AUGGACAGCUCGUCGCUCGGGCUCGCCUGGGGCCGCUUCUCCUCCCAUCGUCGAGCGCGCUCCAGCGACAUCUCAGCACCUGGCAGCGACGCCGCACUGCCACUCAUUGCGGUGACGAGCAACGGCACCCGAUACCUGCUGCCCUCAGAGGACGCGACGACAACGACAUCACCGCUACUACUAAAGCCGCCCUCCGUUCCGCAGCACUCCCGCUCCAAGUCCUGGAGCACGUCAAAGGAAAAGAACCACGAGUUUCCCAGCAGCUACAAGGCGGCCUUGAGCCUGCCGACGAACCCGCUCAGCAGCCUGCGCCGCGCCGCCAGCAGCGCGAAGAGAAGCCACAAAACCAGCAGCAGCAUCUCGUCCUCCUCCAUCUCCUCCAGCUGGAGCACCUCGCUACACGGCUCCAGCAGCUCCAUCGAUAUUCCCGCCCCUCAAAAAUCGUCGCCACUCACGUCUGCUGCUUCCACGCCGCCCCAGCGGCCGCCGCGACCGCCAUGCGGGCUGUUUGAGGAUGAGCCGGACGCGUCGCCGCCGGGCGUAGAAGACGACGACCCCAUGAUGCAAGGCCUGAUGCUCAAAUCCGAUCAAGCCUUUGCGGCCGUUGGCUUGGCGCUGGCCGAUGCAGCCUACAGCACGCACAUGGUCACACAGGCUGCUGCGCUGCCGACUGUGAUGCGCAGCCGAUCGGUGCUACUCCCCCAGAAAGGCCUGGGCUUCCUCGCAUCACCGACCACGACCACCACGCAGUCGCCGGCGCCGCUGCGAAGAGGGCCAGGUGGUCCCCUCGCCAGCAGACCCGUCCGCAGGAACUCGCUGCAGUCAUCUCACAGCACGUCGUCGAACAACGGCCACGGCGCUGCGCGUCCCCAGCCGUCCGCGACGACAAAGACCAAGAAGAUGGGCAAGCGCAACGUCAUGCUGCCGCGCAAGCUGCGCCUCACCACCAUCACCCAGAGCGUAAACGAGCUGCUGGCAAACCGCACCUCCACCGCCGCCGCUGCGGCCAAGCGGAGGUCGGCCGGCAGCCUCUCCUCCACCUACUCAGACUACACCGAGGAGGACAACGACCAGCCCUCCCACAAACGCAACAGCUCCAUCACGGCCGCCAGGCGGCAGCAUCGCCGAGGCACCAGUUUCGCGCUGUGCGCGACCGACGACGAGGGGACCCUGACCGCCUCGCAGAUGUACCACCGGGAGAUGCUCCCCAACUCGGUCGCGGCCUGGAUGGGCACGGACUCGGCCCUUGCCGACGAGGACGACGCCGCUGACGACCAAGCGCCGGGCCAUGAAUCCGCCACCAAUGAGUACGACUUUUUGGUCACCUCACCUAACCUCCCCAUCCAGCCACCUCCUCCCCCUACCUCCUCAGCGGAGAAUAAUCAUGCAGCGGGGGCGCGCUCGCUCUCCGUCGAGGGCGGCGGUUCCUCCCUGCCUCCGCUUCCGCCUCCUCCUCCUCCACCCAAGAACCCUGCGCGGUUCGGGGCCCGCGCGCGCACGUCCCACCUCUCCCCCAUACCCGAGAUGCUCGUCGCCACGCCGCCCGCCGAGGGCCAGCGCCGGCGGCGCAAGAGCAGCGUCAAGAUCUCACCCAAGUCGAAACGCGGCAGCGGCGGCGGCAGCGGCGGCGCCAACAGAUCCGUCGCCACCACUCGCGACUCCCUGUACCUCGUCGGCACAGCCUACUCCCAGACGAGCCCUCUGUUUCGGCACGGGCACAUUGAGUUUCAGCACAAGGGCAAGGUCAAGGCAGCGGGAGAUGAGGAGUGCGAGGAGGUGGUGGGAGACGGCCAGCACCUGGACUGGCCCGCGUUUCACUCGUCGGUGCUCUGCGAUGCCGACGACCUUGAGGCCGGCUUCGCCCAGGACGAGGCCGACGCCAUGGCCGACGAGCUGGGCGACUGGUUCGACGAGUUCGGCUUCGAGUCGCACGGCACGCUGAUCCGCGGCAGCUGCGUCGUUCCCGCUGGCGCCUCCUCCGGCUACAAGGAGGAGGGCAACGGUGCCAGUCGGGCCGCGGCCGCGCGAAGCACGGCGUCGUCCCGCAGCAGCGCGUCGACCAUCUCCGACGCCGAGCUGCCCAUGCCCGCCAGCCCGGACCGCUCACCCUCGCUCGCCAAGAUGCAGGGCUGGUCGUUUGCCCAGGCCGAGCGGCACGACCACGCGCGCCGCUACGCCCGCGGUGCCGACCCGCACGCGUCGGACCCGAUCCCCGUCGCCGUCGAGGAGCAGACGAGUCCGAGAGGCCUCGGGCUCAACACGUACGGCCUCCCGCAGGGCGGCGGGCAAGGCGAGGCGGCGCGGGCGUCGAAGCUGGGCGGCCCGAGUCGCGGCCCGAGAAUGAGCUGCAACUUGAGCGAUGAUCUGGGUCAGUUCCUGGCCUGGAACCCGACGGCCUUUCACGACCUCGAAGAGGACGAUCAAUGA